AGCAGCCGGCUCCUUCUCUGCCCCCGGCUCGGACCCGGCUCCAGCCCUGGCUCUGGCCUUGGCCACUCCAGCGCUCAUCCCAGUGCCGCGCCUCCGAUGAAUGGGGCUCUCCUGGCGUCCCCAUCUCGCCGGAGCUCUCACAGUCUCCAGACUCUCGGCUCGCGGGGCUGCCCAGCGCUCCUCGGCCCCUUCAGGGAGUUCUCGGACCUCGACCGUCAGGUCUUCGAGGAAGGAGCCACGGGGGGGAGAAACGUCUUCCCGUCAUCCGGCCGCAGGCCCUAACGAGUCCUCCAGAGCCCGAAGUCAACGCUCCGACGGACGCAGAGACAGAGAUCAAGAGAGAGGCCGGGAAAGAGACCGUGACCGUGACCGCGAGCGCGAGCGCGAGCGAGACCGACACCGUGACCGAAUCCGAGACGAAGACUGGGAAAGAGAACGUGAGCGAGACAGAGACGGAGAGCGAGAUCGUGACCGAGACCGAGGCCGAGAGUUAGGAACCGGAGACCGAGAACGCUCCGAGGCUGGAGCAAGUCAUCGCCAGAGGCUGUGAGCUGCUGGAGAACCAGGGACCAUCUCGAUUGUGCUUUUGUGUCUCCAUCAAUUCCCACAGUGCCUGGCACAUAGUAGGAAAUACCUGGCAGUCCAUGACUUCAGAACUCUUUCCUUGCUUCUUCUCUGGUUACCAUGGAGCCCCUCGAUGGCUGCCCUAAUGCCCAGUCUGAGCAUGCACCCAAUGGCUACGCAGGCCUGAUCUUGAGCCAGACCAGUGCAGAGAUAGAAGUGGCUGGUGCAAUGGAGCUCAGUGACCUGGAGCUCUCUGCUAUGGUGGACAGUUGUUCGAAAGAAGAAACAAGCUGGCUUAAGAAGAAAGCUAAAGUCAACAAGAUUUGGAAUUUCGUUAGCCGGAAGAAAGGGCCUCUGGGCCAGGGGAAGAGGCCUCAGUCCAUGAUUGUCCUUGGAGGCCCCGUGAAGACAUCAGAGAACAAACCAAAAAUCACCUUCAUGGACCGAAUGAAAUCCAUUAAGAGGCUCCGGUCAUCUUCCAGUUUGUCCAAGGGUACCACUCAGAGGAGCUUCAAAGCCCAGUCUAUCCAUGACUGCCUCAUUGACCAAGAAGAUGGCUUUUGGCAGAAGGACCUUUACAGAGUCAAGAGGUUGUCAGAUCAGAAGCCAUUUCGUCACUCCUAUGCUGGGCAUACAGAGGACCUGGAGUCCUGUUUUGAAGAUGUGGAGUUGAGCGCCCCAGGCCCUGAGAUGGAAGCCAGUGCUGGGAAGGGUCUCCGGGAUGCUGAUACGCACACAAAUGAAGACCCAGAAGAGAUCCGUCCUCGAGGGCUGGAAGACACAAAAAAUGAAGAUCUGAAUGUUGCAUCUCACUCCCUGAGGGCUGCCCGGGACUGUCGGAAGCGGUGCCAGACCCUCCCCCAGGAUAACCGUCGAAGGAGGACCUCUGACGUCUGGAAUUACUUGAAAGGGAUCUCAUUGGCAAGCAAAGACACCUCUAAGGCUACUGAGUCAGACCCGGAAGGCAAUUUCCAGGAUGUGGAGAAUGCAACAGGGAAUUCAACUCUGUAUUUGGACUUUGAGGCAGGCCCCGAAGAAAGCCCUAGCCAACCAAGAAAGGGAAGCAGUACUAACAAGGCCACACACUUUGGGGGCGUCUUCAAAUUUUUCACCAAUAUGGCAGAAGCAGCCAGGAAGUGGCGAGGCUCUUCCAGGAUCCCCUUUCAAGAAGAACCCAAAUCUUCAUCUCAGGGACCCCAAUUGCAGCCACAAGAGAUCCCAGAGGACAACAGUGUUCCAGCUACCUUCUUGAUGAGGCUGUCCCUUCAGUCUCCUGAUUCAGGGAUUUGGGAUCACUCCAGACUUCAGAUGUCUACAUGGAGAGACGAUGGACAGCAGGGUCCAACCACAGAGUCUGUCCACAUUACUUAUUCUUUGGGACUAAAUAGUAAGACCCAAGGUUUGAGCCAAACUGCUUGUUCCCAGCCUGACGUCUCUACCUUCUCUCUCUCAACCCUUCAAGGUGGUGGUCAGAUUUCACCAGACCCUCCAGCCCAGCUACACACCCAGGAGCUCUCAGAGGCCCAGCCUUCUUCUCAAGACUUGCAUGAAAAGCCAGAAACUAUGGACAGCUUCCUAGAAGAGAAGGAAGAAACUCUCCAAGAGUGCUCUGAACUGAAUGAGGCUAUUGGGUCAAAGCAGGCUGUGAGUGAAGUGGCCUGUGAAAAGACACACACUCAUAUCAAAGAGGAGGAGGGGGGGGAUGAGGAUGGCCUCAGUCACACUGAAGAACAAGAUUCUUUUGAGCUCUUGGAUGAAACGGGCCAUUCAAAAUAUAGCCCCAAAUGUCGCCCAUUCCAGAUGAGCCUGUGCACCAUUGUGUCCCUCACAGAAAUCAGCAGUAGAAAGCCAUCUUGCCACCCUCCUCACCCAUCACCAUCACCACCGCCCUUCAAGGUUUUGGAUCGAUGCCACUCUUUACCCCUUUCUCAGAGCAUCCCUAUGGGGCUGGACCAGGUGGGCUGGAGGAAACGUUUGCUUCUCAACCCAGCAAGCACGGUCCUAAACUCCAAGACCUUGGAAGUCCAGAGGGAGAGUCGAAAGAAGAGACGGCAUUGGAAACCCCUAAAACCUGGGGCCGAGCAAGUACUCAUUAACAAACUGAUCAGCGGAGGUUCCAUCGUAAGUGCUGAGGCAGUAUGGGAUCAUGUCACCAUGGCCAACCGGGAGUUGGCGUUUAAGGCAGGCGACGUCAUCAAGGUCCUGGAUGCUUCCAACAAGGACUGGUGGUGGGGCCAGAUCGAUGAUGAGGAAGGAUGGUUUCCUGCCAGCUUUGUGAGGCUGUGGGUGAACCAGGAAGACGGUGUGGAGGAAGGGACCAGUGAGGUACAGAAUGGGCACCUGGACCCCAAUGCCGACUGCCUCUGCCUGGGCAGGUCACUGCAGAACCGGGACCAGAUGCGUGCCAAUGUCAUCAAUGAGAUCAUGAGCACCGAGCGUCACUAUAUCAAGCACCUCAAAGACAUAUGUGAGGGUUACUUGAAACAGUGCCGAAAGAGGCGGGAUAUGUUCAGUGAUGAGCAGCUGAAGGUGAUUUUUGGCAACAUCGAGGACAUCUACCGGUUUCAGAUGGGCUUUGUGCGCGACUUGGAGAAGCAGUACAAUAACGAGGAUCCACACCUCAGCGAGAUUGGGCCCUGCUUCCUAGAGCAUCAAGAUGGCUUUUGGAUCUAUUCGGAAUAUUGUAACAACCACCUGGAUGCAUGCAUGGAACUCUCCAAGUUGAUGAAAGAUGGCCGCUACCAGCACUUCUUUGAAGCUUGCCGCCUGCUGCAGCAGAUGAUUGACAUUGCCAUUGAUGGCUUCCUCCUGACCCCUGUGCAGAAAAUCUGCAAAUAUCCACUACAGCUGGCAGAACUCCUGAAGUACACAGCCCAGGACCACAGUGACUACAGGUAUGUUGCAGCAGCUCUCGCCGUCAUGAGGAACGUGACCCAGCAGAUCAACGAGAGGAAGCGGCGGCUGGAGAACAUUGACAAGAUUGCCCAGUGGCAGGCCUCAGUCUUGGACUGGGAGGGGGAGGACAUCCUGGACCGGAGCUCAGAGCUGAUCUACACCGGGGAGAUGUCCUGGAUAUACCAACCGUACGGGCGAAACCAGCAGAGGGUCUUCUUCCUCUUUGACCACCAGCUGGUCCUCUGUAAAAAGGUAACCCAGCUCCGGGAAGCUCCUUCUCCUGCCUCCCUGGCGGCACAGAGCUCGGACCUGAUUCGGAGAGAUAUCCUUUACUACAAGGGCCGCAUCGACAUGGAUAAGUACGAGGUGGUCGACAUUGAAGAUGGGCGCGACGAUGACUUCAACGUCAGUAUGAAAAAUGCCUUCAAGCUGCAUAACAAGGAGACGGAGGAGGUCCAUUUAUUCUUUGCCAAGAAACUGGAGGAGAAGCUUCGCUGGCUCCGGGCUUUCAGAGAAGAGAGAAAGAUGGUACAAGAAGAUGAAAAAAUUGGCUUUGAAAUUUCCGAGAACCAGAAAAGGCAGGCCGCCAUGACUGUCAGGAAAGUCAGUAAGCAAAAAGGUGCCAACUACUCCCGGGCUGUCCCUCCGGCGUACCCGCCACCCCAGGACCCAGUGAGUCAGGGACAGUACUUGGUGACAGACGGCAUCACUCAGUCCCAGGUCUUUGAGUUCUCGGAGCCCAAAAGAAGCCAGUCGCCCUUCUGGCAAAACUUCAGCAGGUUAACUCCCUUUAAAAAAUAGCGUCCAGUGGGAAAUGUCAGAUUUUAAAAAUAAAUAAAAUUAUAUUUCUA